GUUUUGAGAGUGAACUAUUCACAGCCAUUAAGAGAUCUCCAAUUUAAUUUGUCAUCAUGCUUAUUCUGUAGUUCACAUUAAGUCCAGAGUACUGAAGGAACUGAACAAGUGGACUUGUAGACAUCAGAUAGCUGGCCAUGGUGUUGGCCAUGGCAUCCCAGGAUGGUCAGAACUUCUUCCAGCCUCUCUCUUCCUGGAUAUCCCGGGUUUAUGAAGCUCUCCAGCAAGCAGGAGAUAUGUUAUCUGCUUCGCUGGUUAACUUAAACAAGCAAGACUCUAAAUUAAGUGAAAAGCUAGACCAGGACUUAGAUGAUAUUCAGAUUCAGGAAGCUUACUUUGAAGAUGAAGAACAAGGCAAUGAUUGGCGUCAAGAGGAUGAAAAUCCCUUGUUUCUUGAAGUGGAUCAUUUCUCCUGUUGUAAUAGUGAUUUGCAGGACUCUGCUCAAAGUUCAAGCCCCAGACUUAGCCAACCUGAAAAGGACUCCUGUUCCAUAAUGUCCCAGUGGCCCAGUCAGACCCUUGACGACCAAAAGCCACCACAUAUGGUCUCUUCUAUUGCUGAGGAACAACGUCACCUUGAAAAGCAAAGAAGUGGUCUUCAGCACAGCUUUGACAGCCAGCUCUCUGGUAUUUUAGAAAAUGUUAAUGGAAAAAUGCAAGUUAACAGCUUUGGAGAUGAUGAAGAGCCAUGCACAUCUUCUGACAGUGACGAGGAGGUGAUCAAACAAUUUGAGAUUUCCGUGUCCCGGUCCCAGAGUUUUCGUUCAGAAGCAUCUAAGAAAGGCACACAGGUGGGAUUGGAGCAGAAAUCAAAAUUCAGCCACCUGCUCUCUACCCAUGAAGAGGAUAACACAGAAGUGUCUGCCUGUGAAGGUUUGGAUGGAGCCAGCCAACCAAACUAUUCUGAGACUCUGUCUUAUGGUGAAGAUGAUCCCAUCUCUGCCCACUCACAGUCCCCAUGUGAGGUGGGAAACACCAGGCACCAGGGUGCAUCUCCCCAAGAGACCAGUGUGCCUCGCAGCCUUAGUCGCCAGUCCACAGAAGGCAGCUUGGAAUUGGAGACAGCUUUUAAUAACCGGGGAUUUGAAGACUCCUAUGCUACUGACAGCAGCUCCAUGUGGAGUCCAGAGGAACAGGAUGGGGCCAAUUUUCAGGUGCCGACUGGGGCCCUGGAGCCCAUCUCAAAAUGUGGUGACUUGGAUGUCAUCUUUGAAUAUAAAGGUUCCAGCCAGAAGCUCACAGUGACCAUUGUGAGAGCGCAGGGCCUCCCAGAUAAGGACCGAAGUGGUGUCAACUCCUGGCAAGUUCACGUAGUUCUGCUGCCCAGUAAGAAACAGAGGGGAAGGACAAGCAUACAGAGAGGCCCCAACCCUGUUUUUAAGGAGAAGGUCACCUUCACCAAGCUGGAGCCCAGAGAUGUGGCUGCCUGUGCUAUCCGCUUCCGCCUGUAUGCUGCCCGCAAGAUGACCCGUGAGAGAAUGAUGGGAGAGAAGCUGUUCCAUCUCAGCCACCUGAACCCAGAAGGGGAAAUGAAAGUGACUCUGGUUCUGGAGCCAAGAAGCAAUAUCAGUAGUGGAGAGUCUCCGCUCAGCCCAUCUGCAGUUUCUCACAGUGAUAGUGCUUCAUCCACGCAGUCGCUGUCUCAUGGAGGGGCGCCAGAGCUGUUGGUGGGGCUGUCCUACAAUGCCACAACGGGGCGAUUAUCUGUGCAAAUGAUCAAAGGCAGCCAUUUCCGAAACCUCGCUGUUAAUAGAGCGCCUGAUACAUACGGGAAGCUCUUUCUUCUCAAUUCUGUGGGUCAAGAGAUGUCCCGCUGUAAGACAUCCAUUCGACGUGGUCAGCCCAAUCCUGUCUAUAAGGAGACCUUUGUUUUCCAGGUGGCCCUCUUUCAGCUCUCUGAUGUCACGUUGAUGAUUUCCAUUUAUAACAGGCGCACUAUGAAGCGUAAAGAGAUGAUCGGUUGGAUUGCUCUGGGCCAAAAUAGUAGUGGAGAAGAGGAACAAGACCAUUGGGAGGAAAUGAAGGAAACAAAAGGUCAGCAGAUCUGCAGAUGGCACACCUUGCUCGAAUCCUAGUUCUGCCAACAGGCAUUUGUGUGCUACGUAUGGCCCGGUGACCCGCAUUUUAGCCACUCAUACCAACUCCGCAUAUGCUGGUGGGCUUUUUAAAGACAGGCUUACAAAUAGGGAUUAGGGUCUUCUAACCUCUGGGACAUUCUGGGCAGGGUCUUUGGGUCUCUCGAAGGUUUGAUUUGAAUUUAAAUAUUGUAAUUAAAAAAAAAAAAACACAUACACAUGGUCAAGUGUACUUGAUGGAAAAUUAACCAUAGUUGAGAACAGUGAUGAGUCAAUUUGUGUUCAUAGGUUAGUGUAUCUGGGUUCAGCCUAUGGAAUAAAGCUUUUCUUGCUGUCUCUGUUUGCUUGAAGAAUAACCUGAGAUUUCAGGGGAGCUGUUAAAUCUUACUAUUUGUACCCAGGUAUGUGUAUGAACCAGAAUUUUGUUAAUAUGGUGCCAAAACCCCCCAAAUACAGAAACGAAUCAGAUGCUGAGGCUCAUUAAAGAAUGUAACUGUCAUCUAUCAUUCCCUAUUUCACAUUUUUGUCUUUAUGAAAACACCCCUCAUUUAUUUACCUAAUAAAUAAGUGUUAUAAACGUGUAAUUAUACAACACAUUUGUAUUCAUUAUAUAUAUACCUUUCUUUAUCUCACUUAUACAUUGUGGUUUCCUGUGAGAUUUUGUUAAAUGAAUCAUUUUGAAGGUUAAAAAAAGAGUUUAAAAACACUGUUGAAAGACAACUUGUCUCCUUUUCAUUUGUAAGAUUUCCAACUUGUAAUUUUCAAGGGUUUUCUGCCAUUUUUCUUACCUAAUAUAUUCUUAACAGAAUGAGAAGAAAACCAAAAAUACCUAUUGAAGUCAUGGAUUUGCUGAUUUUCUGAAUCAGGCGUUUUCCUUUAGAUUACACUUUUUCUAUAUUCAUUGGAAUAUACCCAUACAUAUAUUUUGAACAUACACCUGCAUGUAAACCAUAUUCUUUUUCAUGCACUAUUUUCCAUGAUUAGAGCAUAGUAAGUGGUACACAGUGGGUCUUUAAUAAAUGUUGAUUUGAUUGACUCUUAGAAAUGAACAUGUUAUGACACCUGUGAAUGAAGAAAUAUUUGCAGCUUGUAUGAAAUGACACUGAGUUCUUUUUCUGAGCAUUUGAAGUGCCUAUAAUUGUCAUUUCUCACGGCAUUUGCGGUAGCAUAUAUUAGUCACUCCUUGCAUUCCGGGCAUGUGCCAUUCGGAACGCUGAUCUUGUGUGGUUAUGAGCAUGAAAUUUUAUUUCCCACUUUGACAUAUUUGUGCAGUGCAUGUUUCUUUUUCUUUUGCUUAUGUCUGCAUCCUUAACUUCAGUUACCUUAAAUUGUCAGUAAUAAAGAAAGGGAAGGAAUGUGUGUCCGUGUAGAGCCGGUGCCUGUCGCACGGCUCUUCUGAGCAAUUGCUCAGUUGAUUAUUUUUAGCUUUUAUGUUUCAUUGUUGACUUUUUGCUGUCUGUGGGGAGAGUGAUAGCUAGUGAUGGAUGUAUACAGUGAAAAACACAGAACUCCUCCUCAGCUCUACAUUUUGACAGAUUGUAAACGUAGGCUGUAACACUUGAAGAACAUAUUUAUCCCUCGCAGUGCAGUGUGGAAUGGUUAUCCUGACAAGAACAGACUAGGGCACUGGCUAAUUCUACUGUGAUUUCACAUACCAACUUGUGAAAGAAGUGAUUUCCUAUGGAAGAAUAAGAAUUAGCAAAAUAAAUUAAUACCUUAAUUUCUUUUUAGGUCACGGGAGUUCCAUCCACAAUACUGCUUCGUUAUUGGGAAUAAGUAAUAAAACCAUGCUCCUUUGGGUUUUUACCCUACCUUUCUUUGGAAGACCUCAAAGUGCUUUUCCAACAUUAUAUCCAUUAACUGCUGAGUGGUCUUUGCAGUGUGGCUGUGUCAUCGAGUAGAACUGAGUGCAAUUGAUUAAGUAGCGGCACAAAGAAUUGGCUUUUCACAACCCUUACUCUCUUCAUGCGCUUGUGUUUAAAAGGGAAGUAAAGCAGCCUUGUUAUGCUUUCCUUUAUGCAGAAACAUAAAAGCAGCAUUCACUUUAAAAUUUACAUUUGAAAAAAACCUGCAUAUAUUGUACUGACAGUCCUGGAUCCCCCCCACCCACCCCACCCCCGCCUCAUAUUUUCCUGUUCUGUGUUUUGCUGCGUCCCUUGUUUUAUGGUGCCCAAUAAUCACCUAGACUUCAUUUUCUGCCUUGACCCACCCACUUUUAGGGCUUUCUGCUGGUGUAGUGAAGAUAUCCUUGUGUGUUUGAUCUUUUUUCCAAUAGUCUGUUUAUGAGACAGUUACAGGAAUGUGCAGCAUUUUAAGGGAUGAGAUGCCUGAAAAGCAUUUUUAAUUUUUUGUAAUUUUACUAUGUGGGUGCUAUUCACCAUGUAGGAUGCGUGUACAUCUUGAAUAUACAGCAAUCUGAGGCUGAUUGUGUAAAUAUGAAAUGCUAAUGACAAGAUACAUUAAAAUAUGAGGCUGAAAUUUUUUUUACAUUGAUUCGAAAUUCUGGUGUAGCAAGAUCUUUUGAUUUUGUACGUUUUCUCUCCCUUACUUGCUUGGCAAAGUCUAGACACAAUGCACUUAACAUGUUUUUCUUUUCACUAGAGCUCUUACAUCUACCUUCGCUUUUUAAGAGUUAUAAAAGGUAAUUAGUUGGUUCAGCAGUGAAAAGGCUGCUUUUGCCUGUUUUAUCUAGCUAACAGUUAAUAUCCCAUAGAGACAUUUGAGAGUGAGGAAGCACCAGUGUUUGUUGCGUGAGUAGUUCCUUCCAUGAUUUUUCCUAAAGACAGUGCUUUUUAAAUAACAGGGUAGAGGGUAAAUGAUGCUCUAGGUUUAUGGUAAUCUGCUUUCUAGCCUGUCUUCUUUCAGGGCAUUGACUUACACUGGAUCCAGAAGUGCUGGUGUCACCAAUCACGGUGGUAACUCUUGUGCCCCCUGCUCCCCUCUGACUAUUGUUGAGUUUGUAAAUGGGCCAUUCACCAGGCAGGGAGGCAUCUGCUCUGGCUUCCCUCUCCUUCACUGGCUCCCUGUGUGAUGCAAGUUGUUUGGGACCAUUUUGGCUGAUGUAGUGUAGCUGUGGAGGGAGGUCUUGCCUUCCUUAAUGGAAGAACUUGUACUGCCAUUGGAUGUAUUCUGCUUGGCAUCUGCCUGCACAAAGUUGGAGAAAGAGUCCGUGCCAUGAUGGCAAGGGGGAGAAGAGAGCAAGCUCCCGCGUCGUUGUUCACGUUAGGCACCGUGUCCUCUGUUCCUUCUUCAAUGACAGUAACUGAUUGACUUCAGCACUGAUGCUCUCCAUAGUGUGAGGUGCCUCAGCGAGCCCGAAAUGGCCUCUGUCUUUGCAGGGUGGGGGCUUGCGCGGUAUUGUGCAAACUGUUGGCACUUCUCAGGCAGUCACUGUACUUUACGUCCUGCUUGUCCUAGAUGGUCUUAUCUGAGAACCAAAGUUCUUUUCUUUGCAAGUAAAGCAUCAUUUAAGUUGCAGCCACCAUCAGGUUAAGAGAGAGUGCUUCUCUGAUGGCCACAAAUUUUAUGAAACUGAUGGUUCAGUGUGGACAUUGAACUGUGAGUUGCCCCAAGGCCUGGCUCUCCUCUUGCAGCAGAGAACUUAGUACAGUAAGAUCAGAAAAGUGACAGAAAAUAAUUAUUUGUAGAUGACAUAAAACCACAUGGAGGAAUAAGCUUUAACAAUAAACAGGACUAGAAAACACAUGCGGUAUCUCCUCCCACUUUAAGGGAACUGUGGCCAAAGCACAUUCUGUUCCAUUUGAUCCACAACAAAAACAUGAUAGAUAAUCCGGAAAUGGCAAAAGCAUUUUGUCUUGAAAAAAUCAUGCAUUUGUUCAAAAGAAAAGCUAGGCAAAACUGUAGAAAACAAAGAAAUCAUAUAGUUUGCGUAGGGAAGAAUUAAAGAAUAAAUACAUAUGCUGGAUACCUUUAGCCUCCACUGGCAUAUUUUCAAGAAGAGUAAAACCAACAAACCAAAAGACAUUUCAGAUUAACUAGCUAUCAUUUUUUCACAAGUUGUGGGAUUCUCAAAAACACUUAAAGAUGAGGGAAAUGAGACUGGUCUAACAUAGCUCGAGGAAGUUGGCAUGGGCUGCGGUCUCAGCCUGGGUUUGAAUGGAACUCCACUAGCUAUGUGGCCUUUUGAAAAUUAGUCAAUCUGUGUCCCUGAUUCUUCAACUGGAAAAUGGAAAAGAUAUCUACCUCAUGAGGUUUUUGAAAAUAUAGUAAUGAAAUAACAGCAUUGAGCCUGACAUAUAGUAAUUAUUCAAUAUCCACCCCACCCCAAGCCAUACUUAAAAAAGAAUAAAGCAUUUAAGAUUUGUUUCUCUGUCUAGUGAAAGUAAGAGUAACCGUAGAAAAAGACUAAAAACAAUUUUCAGAUUCUUUAAAAAGGAUAGACUCAUAAAGCUGGUCUGAAUUUACAAAGGAAAGUAGUCUUAGCGGGUAACCUAAAAAGAGAUAAGCCUGGUAUAUUGAGUCUUAAUAAAUCCCAAAUGAGAUUUAAUAACCAAAUAUUUUUGUCUUUCACCCCCUUAGUCUGGAGGGGAUGCAAAACCUUGGUGCUUGUGUGCACAUCUUGCUAAAUUAGACACCAGGCCUCUCUUAUGCCCAUUUCUUUUCUACAAGACAUACAUCGACCAUAUACCCAUGAAAAGAGUGACAACUUGAGUAUACAUUUCAACUUUGGUAUGAAAAAGAAAAUAAAAGAAAAAAAAAUAGUGUGGCAAUUUACUGACACGCAUUUAAAAACAGACAAUUUUUUAGCCCAUGUUAUACACCCUUGUAAUAUCUUCAUAGGCAAAUUUUUAAAACUGAUCCAAUAGGGGCGGCUGUGGGGCUCAGUC